GAAGCAGAAACAAUUGUAGGAUUGGUACUCAGCAUCUUCUGAGGUUAUCUCUCUGGUUUCCUCUAUUUCAGGCAGAAACUUGCCUUGAUUGACGUGCAAAAGCAAGUGGCAGAAGUUCCACCAAAAGAAUUCCAGAAACGUGGAUCACUUCAGUACCAGUUUGGCAGUGAAUUGCUUCAGCUUCCUGUCCACUUAUUCAAAAUAAAAGAUGUUGGAAGCCAGAUAGAGGAAAGCCUGCAAGACUUAGUAGAGACCACAUAUGAACAGCUUCCCAGUGAUGCACCAGCAAAAGCCCUCAAGCUUAUGCACCUCUUCCGUGCUGCAAAUGAGGAGAAUUAUGAGUCGAUAUGGAAACAAUUCUCAAGUCGGCCAGCAUACAGGCGCUACAUUUUGGAUGUACUUCCUGCAGCAGCCAAUCACCGUUCACUGAGAUUCUUGAGGCGUAAAAUGGAAAGGCAAGAGCUCACCAACUGGGAAAUGGCUCAGACGGUGCUUAUGGCUCUCCACUCAAGCUCACCAACUCAAGACGUGAUGGAAGAAGCUACACUCAUUGUGAAAAAACAUUGUCCACGCUCAAGUAGUGUACUUGGAAAGGUUUGCCACCUCAGCUAUGCAUCACUGUGCCACAAACAGUGCUCUUCAUCAGACUCCUGCUCUGAAUGUCUCCAGCUACUCCAUGGCUUUGCAGGAGAGGCAUUGAGCAAAUCUAACACAGAAGAAAUCUUGCUGGCCUUGAAAGCCCUUGGAAAUGUAGGACAUCCAGCCAGCAUCAAGCACAUCAAGAAAUUUUUGCCCAGCUAUGCAGCUGGUGCCUCAGAUCUGCCCCUCAAGGUCCAUGCAACUGCUGUGAUGUCCCUGAAAAGCAUAGGCACGAGAGACCCGAAAAUGGUCCAGGCUAUUACCCUUGAGAUUUUCCUGAAUCACAAGAUUCAUCCUCGAAUCCGAAUGUUAGCUGCAGUGGUUUUGCUUGAAACUAAGCCAGGUCUUCCAAUCCUGAUGACAUUAGCUGAUGCUGUGCUGAAGGAUCCUAGCAUGCAAGUGGCAAGUUUCAUUUACUCACACCUGAGGGCCCUGGGCAGAAGCACAGCUCCAGAUCUUCAAAUGAUGGCUUCUGCCUGCAGAAUGGCUGUCAGAGCUUUAAGUCCCAAAUUUGACAGAUCUGGAUACCAGUUCAGCAAAGUUUUCCGCUUCAGUAUGUUUAAAGAGGUUCUUAUGAGUGGACUGGCUGCUAAAUAUUUGGUACUGAAUAAUGCAGGAAGCUUAAUUCCAACAAUGGCAGUGUCCCAGCUGCGGACACAUUUCCUUGGAAGAGUUGCUGAUCCCAUAGAGGUGGGAAUAGCAGUUGAAGGACUUCAGGAGAUGUUUGUUAGAGGUUACUCUCCUGAUAAGGACUGGGAUACUAGCUAUGACUUCAGAGAAAUCCUAAAAAAGCUAUCGGACUGGAAGGCACUCCCCAGUGACAAACCCUUUGCAUCAGGUUACUUGAAGAUGUUUGACCAAGAGUUGCUCUUUGGCGGAAUCGAUAAAAACACCAUCCAAAAUGUGUUGCAGGCAUGGUACGGACCUGAUGAAAAAAUCCCUUCAAUAAGGAGAUUAAUCAGUAGCCUUCAAAGUGGCAUAGGAAGGCAAUGGACUAAGGCUUUACUAUCCUCUGAGAUUCGUCGUAUCGUGCCUACCUGUAUUGGAUUCCCAAUGGAGACCAGCUUCUAUUACUCUUCUGUCACAAAAGUGGCAGGAAAUGUUCAAGCGCAAAUUACACCUUCUCCACGGUCUGAUUUCAGACUGACUGAGUUACUAAAUUCCAACAUUAGGCUGCGUUCCAAAACGAGUCUGAGCAUGGCUAAACAUAUGACCUUUGUAAUUGGGAUCAACACAAACAUGAUCCAAGCAGGAUUGGAAGCACACAUCAAGGUAAAUGCUCAUGUACCUGUGAAUGUUGUUGCCACUGUCCAAAUGAAAGAAAGAAGUAUCAAAGCUGAAAUUCCAUCAUGCAAAGAAGAGACUAAUUUAAUUACUGUAAGUGCGCACAGCACGGUAGGAGCCUUCAAGAGGAAGAGAGUGCUAUCAAAUGAAUACAAAUUCAUCUUUCAUAUAGGGAGCCAGCAUCUUAAUUACCAACCUGAUUUUGGUGAAAACAAGGUUUAUACAUACGAUCAUGAAAGCAUACUUCUCAGUGGAAUUCCAGAGAAAGGACUUGCAAGAGCUGGAAUAAGGAUAAGAAGCAAGGUGGAAAUUAGUGGUAUUGGACCAAAACUUUGUAUUAUUAGGAUUCACUCAACUGAAGCAGAAGAGUACAAUGGCAUCUGGCCUACAAGCUCAUUCUCUCGAUCACUCAAACUGACUCAGGCACUAACUGGACAACUUAGUAAUCCCAUCAAGUUUGAGUAUAGCAAUGGCCACAUUGGAAACGUUAUGGCUCCUGAUUCUGUCUCGGACGAUGGUCUGAACAUCUACAGAGGGAUUCUCAAUAUGCUGGAGCUCAGUAUGAAGAAGAUGCAGCAUUCAUACAGUUUACAGGAGGCUGGGAUCGGAGGUAUUUGUAACACAACAUAUGCAAUUCAGGAAAACAAGAAAGCAAACCUAGUCUAUGUGACCAAAUCCAAGGAUCUGAACAGUUGUGAAGAGAAAGUCCAAGUGGUCAUAGGUUCAGCAUACACUCAGCCGUGCCAGACCUGUCAGCAGAGAAACAAGAAUUCCCGGGCAACUGCUACUUAUAAUUACAAAAUUAAAUAUGCUCGUAAUGAAGCUGUAAUCACACAAGCUAAUGUCGAGGAAAUCCACCAGUUCACACCUUUCCAUGAGAUAACAGGAGGAAAUGCUAUGGUAGAAGCAAGGUACUGUACAUAUGCCUUUAAUUCAGCAGCUAACUCAGCAUCUCAGUAGUCUGGUCAAACUCCGUAACUGAAAUAA